AUGAAUGAUCCUAAAUGCACCAACGACGGAGGUCCAAACGGAUCGGGCGAAUGCCAGUGCUCGACAACUACCGAUGGUCAAGCACACUACGCGACUGUGAAGCCGAAGGUUCCUGGUGAAUGCUGGCCCUAUGAUCCUUGGUAUUCGAACCCUCCGACCAAGACCACGAACAAGCCCCCGCCUACCCACGCCCCAAUCAUGACCGCUACAGUUGCCACUCAGUGGGACGAAGUCGGCGAGGUCACUCUUUACAUUUCGCAAACCACUACUUGGGGGGAGGUUCAAGGCAAGACUUACUCGGGACCCGCGCCUGCUGGCACACCAUACCUCCUCCAAAAAGAUAUGGAACCCAUGUGGGUCACUCCUGGAAAGGAGCACGUCACAGGUGCGAGUGAGUGCCGCAACGUCGCGCAAACUGAUGCCCUCAAUGCUGCGUUAAGAUUUCCAGACUGGCUUGUCCACUACCCGGUGGACCCAGGCGAACCCGACAGCGAUUGGGCCUGGGCCCAUCUGCCCUACAACCUGGACAUUUAUGCCUCCUUUAAAGUGGACAGUGGCACCGUUGGGGCUAAUCUUGACAACGCUUACGCCGGUGGCAGCGCCGAGGUCGAGUACUGGUGUGCCCAGAAUGGGAGUAUUGAUGAGUGGAAGGCCAAUCCCCAACAUGGCAUGACAAAGCCACAGAUUGUUGAGGGGUUGUUUCGAAUGUACAGCAAGCAGGUCAAUGACCAGAUCCAGACAAACGAGGAUGGUGACGUGAAGAUGCGAAUUGGCAAUUGUGGGCUUAUACACUUCGGUCGCUGCAUUCUCAAGGUCGACUAUUGCACGACCUACGCGCUAUCUUCUGUUACUAACAAAAAAUGCCCCUACACCCUUGCCAACCGUCAUUAUAAUGUGACAGAAUCGAGUCCGCUGGCCCACGAUGAUGUCGUUUCAUAUAUUCCUGAUUGGGAUUCUGACGAUGUAAUCCCCGACGAUGCGCCCACGAAGGACGGUAAGCCGUUAACUUUAACCUGGACCGGGGACCUGGCCGCCGGUGUAUGGGUCACAAAUGUUACCAGCCUACUAAAGCAGGCUGAUGAGGCCACCAUCCGCAGCUACACCACCUUCACUCAAGAUGACUAG